AAUAAUGGGAAACAAUAAACUUAGAGUUGGAAUAUUCUCAAGAGACAGAAUCGACCACUACACAUGGCUGAUCAAUCUGCUGAAAGGGCCGCGUUUCCAAAGUGUGGUGAAUGAAGUCUCCCCGGUCUAUGUAGGAAACAACUUAAUUGACUUUAUGAACAAUGUGGCGCAAUGCACAUUCGCUAUCCUGUACCACACCCAGAAGAGAGGGAGGCUGAAUGUUACAGAUGUGACUGAUUCGUUGUACGAUGAUGAGCUGAAAACGUUAUCUUCAAUGUUGGGCAAGCCAAUGGUCAUUGUGGUGUUAGAUGACCUGAAAGACAGCAGCGAUGCAAGGAAGGAAGACAUACUUGAAAGCCAACCAAAGAUCAAGGAAUACUCCUGCGCUCUCUUCCUUAUUAGUGAGAGAGAGAAAGAAGCGUUCAUCCCCGGAGGUUCUGCAGGUUCUGACCUAGAAUGGACAGAAGCCCACACGUCUAUUACAGCCAAGAUAGAUCACAUCAUGAAGAUCAUGGGCAAAAGCUCCCCCUCACACAAGAGAAGUAAUAUUAAGGAACAUGCUGAAGAGAAAGGAAGGAAAGAACCAACACCAGCGCAAAAGAACCAAGCUUUCCAUGAUGAAGCAAAAGGAAGCACUAUAAAUAGAGGGUGUUUGUGGCGGUGGUGCUGCUGCUCCUGCUGCAAAGAGAAAGCGCAAAAGAGCCAAGCUUUGUAUGAUGAAGCAAAAGGAAGCAAUAAACAUGGAGAACAUUGUUGGUGGUGUCGGUGUUGCUGCUGGUUGUGGUGUAGCAGCCAAUGUUGCCCCUGCUGCCCCUGUUGCCGCUGCGAUCCAAAUACCUUAAAAGAAGAAAAGGCCAAAAUCCUUAAUGAAGAACCCGAGCAAAGCAACUUUCUUCCUGAAUCUCCAGUACUAGAUCAGCCGAGUAGACAAGAAAAUACUGUGCCGACGACCAGAUCAUGGGAGCAGAAUGAUUACACCCAACAUGUAGCUUCACAAUACAAUGACCAGGAGGAGAAGAUUGCUACUGACCCACCAUCACCAGGCACAGUCAUGUGGGACUCACAAGCCAAUGAGAACUCCUUGAAUCUAUUUGAACAUUCAAACCCAACAUCACCAAUAAAUAUAGAGCAAGAGCAAUGGCAGGUACCUGAUAAGAAUCAUUCUGGGACAUUACUAUCUUUACAAAAUAAGCAGGAGAAGAAGAAUGAUACACAGGUGUCUACAACACAAGCAGCUUCAGAUACACUGGUACCAACCACAGUCCAAGUGGAGUUGCAGGCAAAUGAAACCUCCUUGUAUCCAUCUGAAACUUCAAACCCACCAUCACCAGCCAAUGUGGAGCAAGAGCAAGGGGUUUGGACUGACACAAAUCCUUCUGGCUCUUCCCUUUCAUCACAAAAUGAGAAGCAGGAGAAGAAGGACAAUACGCAAAUCUCUAUAACACAAGCAGCUAUAGACCCACCAUUACCAAUCAAAGACAAGUUUGAGAUUCAGGCCAAAAGGACCUCUUUGCAUCUAUCUGAAAAUUCAAGCCAAACAUCACCAAUAAAUAUGGAGCAAGAGCAAGGGCAGGGGACUGAUAAAUAUAAUUCUGGUUCAUUACUAUCUUCACAAAAUCAGGAGAAGACGAAUAAUACACAGGUGUCUACAACAAAAGCAGCUACAGACCCACUGGUACUAAUCGCAGUCCAAGGGGAGUUGCAGGCAAAUGAAACCUCUUUGUAUUCAUCUGAAACUUCAAACCCACCAUCACCAGCCAAUGUGGAGCAAGAGCAAGGGAUUGGGACUGACACAAAUCCUUCUGGCUCUUCCCUGUCAUCACAAAAUGAGAAGCAGGAGAUGAAGAAUGAUACACAGAUGUCUACAACACAAGCAGCUACAGACCCACCAUUACCAAUCAAAGACAAGUUGGAGAUGCAGGCCAAUGUGACCUCUUUGCAUCUACCUGAAAAUUCAAGCCAAACAUCACUAAUAAAUAUGGAGAAAGGGCAGGGGAUUGAUAAAAAUACUUCUGAUUCAUUACUAUAUUCACAAAAUAAGGAGCAGGAGAAGACAAAUGAUACACAGGUGUCUACAACAAAAGCAGUUACAGACCCACUGGUACCAACCACAGACCAAGGGGAGUCACAGGCAAAUGAAAACUCCUUGCAUCCAUCUAAAACUUUGAACCCACCAUCACCAGCCAAUGUGGAGCAAGAGCAAGGGAUUGGGACUGACACAAAUCCUUCUGGCUCUUCCCUGUCAUCACAAAAUGAGAAGCAGGAGAAGAAGGACGAUACCCAAAUCUCUACAACAUAUGCAGCUACAUACCCACCAUUACCAAUCAAAGACAAGUUGGAGAUGCAGGCCAAUGGGACCUCUUUACAUCUCUCUGAAAAUUCAAGCCAAACAUCACCAAUAAAUAUGGAGCAAGGGCAGGGGACUGAUAAAUAUAUUUCUGAUUCAUUACUAUCUUCACAAAAUAAGGAGCAGGAGAAGAUGAAUGAUACACAGGUGUCUACAACACAAGCAGUUACAAACCCACUGGUACCAACCACAGUUCAAGGGGAGUCGCAGGCAAAUGAAACCUCCUUGCAUCCAUCUGAAACUUCAAACCCACCAUCACCAGCCAAUGUGGAGCAAGAGCAAGGGACUGGGACUGACACAAAUCCUUCUGGUUCUUCCCUGUCAUCACAAAAUGAGAAGCAGGAGAAGAAGGACAAUACACAAAUCUCUACAAUACAUGCAGCUACAGACCCAUCAUUAGCAAUCAAAGACAAGUUGGAGAUGCAGGCCAAUGUGACCUCUUUGCAUCUUUCUAAAACUUCAAACCCACCAUCACCAGCCAAUGUGGAGCAAGAGCAAGGGAUUGGGACUGGCACAAAUCCUUCUGGCUCUUCGCUGUCAUCACAAAAUGAGAAGCAGGAGAAUAAGAAUGAUACACAGAUGUCUACAACACAAGCAGCUACAGACCCAGUCAAGUUGGAGUUGCAGGCAAAUGAGACCUUGGAGUUGCAGGCCAAUGAGACCUUGGAGUUGCAUUCCAAAGAGACCAUGGAGUUGCAGGCAAAUGAGACCUUGGAGUUGCAGGCAAAUGAGACCUUGGAGUUGCAUUCCAAAGAGACCUUGGAGUUGCAGGCCAAUGAGACCUUGGAGUUUCAGGCCAAUGAGACCUUGGAGUUGCAGGCCAAUGAGACCUUGGAGUUGCAUUCCAAAGAGACCAUGGAGUUGCAGGCAAAUGAGACCUUGGAGUUGCAGGCAAAUGAGACCUUGGAGUUGCAGGCAAAUGAGACCUUGGAGUUGCAUUCCAAAGAGACCUUGGAGUUGCAGGCCAAUGAGACCUUGGAGUUUCAGGCCAAUGAGACCUUGGAGUUGCAGGCCAAUGAGACCUUGGAGUUGCAGGCCAAUGAGACCUUGGAGUUGCAGGCCAAUGAGACCUUGGAGUUGCAGGCCAAUGAGACCUUGGAGUUGCAAGCCAACAAGACCUCUUUAUAUACAUCUGAGUCUUCAAAUCAACCAUCACCAACUAAUGUGGAGUUAAAGCAAGAGCAAGGAAAGGGGGCUGAGACAAAUCCAUCUGCCGCUUUGCUAUCAUCACAAAAUAGAGAGCAGGAGAAAAAGAAUGAUCCAGAGAUAUCUGCAAAUACACCUACAACUACGGAGCUUCUACUGCCAACCAAAGAGGAGGAGGGAAUGGAGGUUCUCUGAAUUCAUCUUUGAAUGGUGCAGGGGAUGGAGGCUGAUGGAUUUCCGACUUUACUAUUAUCACUUAAUGUGCAAAAACAACAGCAAUAAUUUCACACAUUGGGCAGAGCCAGAGACCCUGGGUUAAACCCUGCAUUCAGGGAACUUUCUAAAUAUAAUUAUUCUGUACUGCUUAUGAAAUAAUCACGUUAUUCUUCAGGAUCUCACUCUGAGCAACCUGUCUUCAUGGUCUCUUCCUGCUGGGGUCUGGGUCAGAUUUUGAUUGGCAGGUAGGUCUACUGCGUCUUUUAGGGGGGGCUUCUUUUCCUAGUAGAGGUUUUAAAGGUAACUUAAAUAACCAAUUCCAUCAGAGCUGGUUAGUUUGAAAGAGUGAGCUCUUAUACAUGUUCUAGGCAGAAGGUGCAACCCCCAUUCAAAGGAUGUAUUAGACCUAACUGUCUAUCAAAACCUGAAGCGGGGAUGGCCGGGGACAGGGGGGGCCCAGACUGUGUGGUCUGCUUCUACAUUGCUUCAGAUAAAUCUCCACUCCAUACCAGCUUUCAGGUUGGAGAGAGGGUGGGGGAGCAGCAGGGUGUAAGUCAGGGCUGGGGAGGGGUGAGUCUAUUCUG